CUGUCAACUUUUUAAGUAUGUCAUUAAGAUAUUUUAUUCUAAAUGUCAGAAAAGUGAGAUAAAAAAGAAGAAAAUUUCUGCUGUGAAAUAUAAAAACUGUUGAAAUGUAAACAAAGUUGUCUGCAAAUUUUAUAUUGAUUUACAAUGCAAAGACAAAGAUUAUCUCGGGAAUUAACAAAAAUAACAACCUAUCCCCCUCAAGGAAUUUGUGUUUUUGCAAAAGAUGAUACAAUGAAUAAUUUAGAAGCUAAAAUAACUGGUCCUCAAGACAGUCCCUACAAAAAUGGUGUCUUCACUCUAGAUAUUAUAAUACCUGACAAAUAUCCAUUUACACCUCCCUCGAUGAAAUUUAUUACAAAAAUAUAUCACCCCAACAUAGAUGAAAAUGGAAGAAUUUGUUUGGAUUUGAUUAAAAUGCCACCAGUGGGAAGUUGGAAACCAACAAUAGGGCUAGAAGGACUACUAACUGCUGUUAGAAUGUUACUAGAAUUCCCCAAUCCAGAUGAUCCACUAGUGGCUGAGAUUGCAGAGGAAUUUAAAAGUCAAUAUCAAGAAUUUGUUAACAAAGCAAAAAUGUAUACUGAAAAAUAUGCUCACUAGAUUUAAUUAAUUUUACUCAUGUAUAAGUAUUACAAGAAAAUGGUUGUUCUUGAAAAAAACAUUAAUUGUUAAUAUAUUCAUUUUUUGUAUCUGAAAUUAUUAUCAUUUAAUAUAGUUUUUCUUAUUCAAUCAAGCAAACUAUCCAACAAUUAUUAUAGUAGGAUAAAUUAAAACUAUCUUUUUGGGCAUCAAUGUUACUUUUGACUUACUCGCAUCAAACAAAAAAAAGUAAGGACAAUUAAAGUUAUCCUUUUUCCUUCUCAGAACAUUUUAUAUGUUUUUCUUAAUAAAUCCUUUUGAUUUUAGGUUUCUUGUGACAGAAAAUUGAUUUCAAAGAACAGUUAAAAAUUGAUAUUUUGACCUAUUUUGGUCUUUUUAUCAUUGUUUUUACUUAAAUUGUUUAGUGUUUUCUUGUUCCUAUGUAUGUGAACCAGUUUUAUUUUUCAAAUUGUAUUGAUGACCCUUAAUUUAAUACUUUAAUGCAGUUUUUUUAAUCAUAUUGAUGACCUUUUAGUUUAUUUUCGAAAUAAUGAAAUGUAUGCACUAUGUAAACAGCUUUACAAUUAGUACAAGGUACUUUAUAUAUAAUAUUACAUCUUGUGUUUUUACAUUUUAGUUUAGUGAAAUAUUUAUAUCCUCUAUGACUGGUUCUAAUAUUAUAUUUCGUAAGUUCUGUUUUGUUCCUUAAUUGAUUAUUGUAUAGUAUUUGUUUAUUAUUGUCUUGAAUAUGUACUAUUUUUUCAGAAUAAUUAUUUUCUUGGAAUGCAGAUUUUGCUUUUUGGAAAGCCAAUCAUCUAAUUACAGGAUCUGAUAGAUCAAACAAAUUUAUGAUCACUGAUCUUUUUUGUGGCGUGAAUUCAAGUUUAAAUAUCUUGAGGACCAAAUUGUUUUUUAUAUUCUGUGACAUCAACAUAAUUAAUUUUAAUUAUAGCUCAAAAAGCAAAAACUACAUUAAAAAAAUAAUUAUCAUGAGAAAAUGAUAAAUAACAUAUUCAAUAAGGGGAUAAGCAGAUACUAUAAUCAAUUCAGGAACAAGACAGAAACUAAACAUUAAAAUGUAAAAUAUUUUUUUUUACCAUAUGUACAAGGAUUUUACCAAAAGCUAUCCAAUUAUUUUAAUAAAUAUAUUGGUAGUACCUUGUAGUGUUAGUGAUGCUGUUCAUCUCAUCAUUUGGAAAAUAGAUUAAAAAGUCAUCAUUACUAUAAAAAAAAAUAAAACUGCAUUAAGAAACCAUGAAAUAUAGACCUAAAUAGUUUCUGUAAAAUUUUUAUUCCUGUUUUUGAAUUUUCCUGAAAUUUUUAAUAAUUCAAUUGAUGGUUGCUACAUAUGAUGUAGCAAUGAAGGAAAAAUAAUUUUUGUGGUUGAAAGAGAUUUUUAUUUAGAUAUUCAUGUUGUAGGUGAUCUAUUGAUUAAUAUGAUUAUGCAAAUUGUCAAUAUCAAGUCAUAUUUGAUAAAUAUUGAAAUGGGUCAAAA